AUGGACAGUCGACAACAGGUUAAUCAGCUUCGCGAGCGCGUCUGCGCUUCAAUCAUCGGUCAGGAAGACAUCGUAGAUCGCCUGAUCAUCGGCUUGUUAGCCAACGGUAACCUGCUCAUCGAAGGGCUUCCGGGACUUGCGAAAACCCGCGCGGUUAAAAGCCUGGCAAAAAACCUGGCGGCAGAUUUUUCCCGUAUUCAAUUCACACCCGAUUUAUUACCCGCAGACAUCACGGGUACCGAGGUACUGCACACAACGGAUGCCGGGCACGAAUUCAGAUUUGAUCCAGGACCUAUUUUUGCCAACAUUGUACUGGCGGACGAAAUCAAUCGCGCGCCCGCCAAAGUGCAAGCUGCGCUGCUUGAAGCCAUGGAAGAACGCCAGGUCACCGUAGCCGGCACCACGCAUAAAAUGCCGCCCCUGUUCACGGUGAUGGCAACCCAGAACCCUGUUGAGCAGGAAGGCACCUAUCCCCUUCCUGAGGCGCAGAUGGACCGUUUUCUGAUGCAUAUCUAUAUCGACUAUGGAAACGAAGCGUCUGAGGGGCAGAUUAUUCGACUGGUCCGUGGCGAAGAACAUCCCGAACAAAACAAAAUCGCGGGUGAGGACAAUACAUCCCCUGCCCGACCUGAGCCGAUUCCUCAGGAAGCGGUGUUUGCCGCUCGCGAUGAAAUCAGUGUGGUCACCGUCAGCGACAUUGUGGAACGCUAUAUGGUGGAUAUUAUUUUUGCCACCCGCUAUCCCGAACGCUACAACGAAGAUCUGCGACGCUGGAUACAGAUCGGCGCCAGCCCACGCGGCGCGCUGGCACUUGAUCGCUGUGCCCGCGCCAAGGCCUGGCUGGCCGGUCGCGACCACGUCUUACCCGAAGACGUACGCGACAUGGCUCACGACUGCUUGCGCCAUCGCCUCACCUUAAGCUACGAAGCCAGUGCAGACGGACUUUCCGCCAACAACGUUAUCGAUCAACUGCUGGACCAGGUUGCCGCUUUUGCAGCUGACAACACCACCAAGCCGCGACUUGUGCUGCAAAUCACCGUCGAUGCGCUGCGCGGGGAUCUACCCACACGAUAUGCACACGUCCUGGGUGAAGGCGGUUUCCGUUACCUGAUGGAUGAAGGCAUUCGCUACACCAAUGCACACUAUCAGCACGCCAAUACAGAAACGAUUGUUGGCCAUGCCUCACUGGCCACCGGCACCACGCCCUCUGUCCACGGUAUGGUGGCCAAUGUCUGGUUUGAUCGCGAUCAGGACAGGCUGGUGUACAACAUCGAAGAUGCAAACUACCGCCUGCUGACACAAGGCGCUGACGUCGACGCCAGUACUGAAAUUGACCCGACUCAGAAAGCAGCCAAAGUAGAGGGACGCUCGCCUGCUGCCUUGCUGACAUCCACCUUCAGUGACGAACUUGCCAUGCAUUUUGCCGGCCAGUCCAAAAUUUUUGGCGUUUCCGUAAAAGACCGCGGUGCCGUGUCCCUGGCUGGCCACGCAGGUAAAGCGUUCUGGUUCUCCAAAGCCACCGGCGAAUUUGUAACCAGCACCUAUUACUACGAGCAAUAUCCCGACUGGGUAAAGACAUGGAACGCGCGCAAACCGGCUCAGGCUUACGCGGGUAAAACCUGGUCACUGUUGAACAAACCCUCUACGUACCUGUUUGGUGAUGCUGACAACCGUGAGUACGAAACAGACUUUCCAGGCUUUGGCCGCACUUUUCCUCACGCUUAUGGCGCUGGCGACGAUAAGUAUUUCACCACGCGGCUGACGCUGAGCCCUGCCGGCGAUAAGCUGACCCUGGAUUUUGCCAAGAAGCUGUUGAUAGAAGAAAAACUUGGACAGGAUGACGUGCCUGAUUAUCUAUCCGUCAGCUUCUCGUCCACAGACUAUGUCGGGCAUGUAUUUGGUGCUUCCAGCCUGGAAUCCGAAGACAACCUGGCACACCUCGAUCGCACCUUGGCCGACCUGUUGGCUCAUGUCGACAAACAUGUUGGUCUGGAUAACACGCUUAUCGUGUUAUCCGCAGAUCAUGGACAGCCCGAGGUACCCGGGUACCUGCAUGAAAGAGGCAUUCACACGGGCCAUUACUUCGAUACCGAAGCACUCGAUCGAACACCUGCCAUCCAGGCUUUGAAGGCCCGUUUUGAUAUCGGCGAGGAACUUAUCGAAGCAUUUUACCAGCCCUACAUUUACCUGAAUCGGGAAUUGAUCAAAGAAAAAGGGUUGGAUCAGCGAACCGUAGAGGAAGCUGUAGCCGAAGAAAUGCUUAAAUUCAAAGGCGUCGCUGCAGCGGUUUCAGGCACCGCGCUGCGCAGUGCGGAACUGCCCGACAGCAUGAUCAACACAGCGGUGCUCAAUAACGCGCACAGCAAGCGUUCCGGCGAUAUCUAUCUCGUCUUUGAACAGAGUGUUUUCAUCAACGACUUUGAUGGCCUGAUUGUGGCAUCGGUACACGGCUCGCCCUGGCGCUACGAUACUUUUGUGCCGGUAAUUUUUGCAGGGGCCGGUCUCACGCCCAUGCACGUGAGUAAUCCGCUACCCGAGGUGCAGGGUGACUGUCCAGACUCGCGCGUGUAUGCAGACCUGGACGAACUGGUUCGACUGCAGUUCGCCGCCCAGGGUUUCAGUUUUCUGCCGCGACAACCUGUACACAGCGUUCUUUAUGGUCGUCACGCUUCGCGAUUGCGUGGCCGUGGUCUUAACUUCGAAGAGUUGCGUGCUUAUGUACCCGGUGACGACAUCCGCAACGUCGACUGGAAGGCAACAGCCCGUGCCGGAGAACCGACCCUGCGGGUCUACACGGAAGAGCGUGAUCGACCUGUCUGGUUGCUUGUGAACCAACGGCAAAGUAUGUUUUUUGGCUCUAAAGAACGCACCAAGUCAGUCACCGCGGCAGAAGUGGCCGCGCUCACCGCCUGGCGCGUGCUUGGCGCGGGGGAUCGUGUUGGUGCGCUGGUGUUUGAUGAUAACGAUAUACAGAUGAUCCGGCCGCAGCGCAGUCGCGAUCAGGUCAUGCGUGUACUCGGUGCCAUUGUCAAAAAGAAUCAUCAGCUCAACGCUGAUAAUCCGCAGACGGCCAACCCAGCAAUUAUCAGCCAGGUGCUUGAGCGGCUCAGGCCCCAUGCCAAACACGAUUGCCUGAUCUGUAUGAUCGGUGACGGCAGCGGUUUCGACGAACGGGUCCAGGAUCAGGUUACCGAGCUGAACGCACAUAACGACCUGAUCUUCGCCAUGAUAUACGAUGCUUUCGAAGCUGAAUUACCCAACGCGGGACCGCUGACAGUCAGCGAUGCAGCACGCCAUUUGCUGUUUGACAGCGGCAAUCGCAAUCUGCGCGAUCGUUAUAAAGCGGAUUUUGAGGCAAGACUUGAGAUAGGGGGCGCCGUGUCUGAGACCACCGACCCUGGCAGCCUCAGUCGGCUGCACGAUAUUGUGCUUCCAGAUCCCGUCUUCUGGUGGCCACCCGCGCGAAGGUAUCGGCGUCAGGCACUUGAUGAACUGCGAGUGCUGCGCGAGCGGAACGAUGACCCGAAAUCAGCCGCAAAGACGCAUCUCAUGCUGCAGUUUAGCCACAUCUUUGUGCUGCUCCUGCUACCCCUGCCGUGGCUGUCAGCGCGUUUGUUAUCCCAAUAUCGAGAGCGCCGGCUUGCCGUACGCGCGCCUUUCCUCGACCGCCUGGCACAACUCACUGGCCAGACGCCGGCAGCACCAACAGGCCAGCUCAGUGCCGCCCGUGGACAGCGAUUACUGCAUUGGGCAGUCUGGGCACUGGUUCUGAUCGCGUUGGCACGGCCGCAAUGGCUCGAAGAACCACUGACACAGACGUUACCCAUGCGUGACCUGCUGGUGGCCAUCGACCUGUCUGGUUCAAUGGCAACUGAGGAUUUCGCAGAUGCAUCCGGUGCGCAGGUGGCACGUUUAACCGCGGUUAAAUCCGUGUUAAGUGAAUUUCUCAAACGACGCGAAGACGAUCGGAUCGGCCUGAUUGUGUUCGGUUCAGCAGCCUUUGUGCAGGCACCCUUCACUGCCGACGGCACAUUGCUGCAGGACAUGCUGGCUGAAACCGAGGUCCGCAUGGCAGGUCCGCGCACUAUGCUUGGCGAUGCGAUCGGUCUCGCAAUCACCCUGUUUGACCGCAGCGACGUCGAAGAACGCUUGCUCAUUGUGCUGACCGACGGUAACGACACCGGCUCAAUGGUGCCGCCACAGCGUGCCGCAGAAAUUGCUCGAGACAAAGACAUUCUCAUCUAUACCGUCGGCGUGGGCGACCCCACCGCAGUAGGCGAGGAAUCUCUUGACGAGGUAGUUCUGGAAAGCGUUGCGGGUACCACCGGCGGACGCUAUUUUCACGCCGCUGAUGGCGUUGAACUGGAAACUAUUUAUGCCGAACUGGAUCGAUUAAACCCGCGCAAGGUAGACACCGUCAGCUUCAGACCCAAGCAGGACCUGUUCCAUUGGCCGCUGGCGCUGGCCAUGCUGUUGCAGCAGAACGUUGACAGAACUGGCCGAAUUGCACCUGCUGCGACCGCUGCGGAUGUUGCCUGGCGACAGGUUAUGGCACCACACCUGCUCACGCAUUUGCUCACCGACGAAGAGCAAUCCAGCAGCCGAGUCCCGCCAAUGUACCUGAUUGCUGCGUUCUGGUGCCUUGCAACCCUGGCCCUGGCAGGACCGUCAUGGCAACGCGAGCCGACACCUUUUGCAGAUGACCAGGCGGCUCUGGUGAUCGCGUUGUAUCUGGGCCCCAGUAUGCUGGCUGCAGACAUCCAACCCACGCGCCUGCAGAGAUCCGUACACAAAAUUCAAGACCUGCUGGAACUGCGGAAAGGCGCGCGUGUUGCCCUGAUUGCCUAUGCGGGCAGUGCUCAUCGAGUUGUACCUUUCACCACCGACAGCAAUCUCAUCAAAACGUUUGCCGCCGAACUCGCGCCUGACCUGAUGCCUCUGCAAGGUAACAACCCACGGGCUGCCAUCAAAAUGGCACAGGAGAUGUUCACGCAAGCGGAUCAGGUUGGCAGUGUGUUGGUGAUUACAGACAAUCUUGAUCCAGCAGCCCUCACCGAGCUGGACAGUCAGAUACCACUCGAUGUGCUUGGCAUGGCAGCAGCGCCAGGUGCUGAUGCAGCGGCUACGGGGCCAGCAGCACCAGCGCUGGACCGGGAUGCCAUGAGUAAAGCCGCGGGGUUACUUGAUGGCCAACUCGUGGAAGUGACAAUCGAUGAUGACGAUGUCAUCACUCUGGCUCGACGCCUGGACCUGCGCCCCACCGCGGUCACCACGGAUGACAAUCAACGCUGGCGCGAUGCCGGCUAUUACCUGUUGGGUGGUUCGAUGGUCGAGUUGAGACAACAUUCUCCCCUGCCCUGCAGAGUGCUUGGCCUGCGUAUCGCUAUGAUCAUCAUCAUUGCGGGCAACACCCUCGGCUGCAGUCAGGACACCUGGUUGACGCCUGAGCAACAAGGUGAGCGGCUCUUUGCAGCCGGAGACUACGCUGGCGCCGCACAACGCUACACGGAUCCCAUGCGCAUAGGCGCCGCCUGGUAUCGGGCGGGCGAGUUUGAACGCGCAGCCAUGGCUUACGGUCAGCGUGCCUCUGCGCAAGCACAUUUCAAUCGGGGCAACGCAUUACUGAUGCUGGGCCGCUACGACGAUGCCAUCGCGGCGUACGAUCUGUCUUUACAGCAACGCCCUGUUUGGCCGCCCGCAACAGACAACCAGACGCUGGCGCGUAUCCGUCGGGCUAGACUGCAACCGCCUGAAGAUGAUGCCGGAGGCACCGGCGGCUUGUUAGCCGCGGAUGAAAUUGUCUUCGACACUACCGGUCGGGUGAAUCAGGCAAAGGGAGAAGAAACCGUGGACGCCAACACCGGACUGACAGAUACCGAAUUACUUUGCACGGCAAUCAGAGACCAGCCAGUGAGCGCACGCUGGUUAUUCAUCUUUCUGCUGCUAUACACAGUGCUGGCAAGCCCAGCCGAUGCAGCUGAGCCAACAGAACCUCUCGACGCGCGAGUAAGAGCGGGACUUGAGACAACCGCUGACGUCUGGGUGGGUCAACAGAUCGGACUGACUGUGGAUAUCCUCAGCCCGGGGUCUACUUUUUCCAAACAACGGAUCUAUCUGCCGGCGGUGGCAGGCGCGCUGAUCCUGGAGGACGCGGUCACAACAAUCUAUUUGAACGAACGCAUCGAUGGUGAGACCUGGCAGGUGUUGCGCUACCGUUACCCGAUGUUUGUACAACGUAGCGGUACGAUAGAAGUCCCGCCUGUUGAUGUCGCAUUUGAAGUCUCUCCAGGUUUUGGCCAGGCGAACGUCGCCUUUGAUCUGAAUACGCAGAGCCUGUCACUGUCGGUGAACCAACCACCAGGAGUCACCAACUUACAGAAUCUGGUGACCACCGCCCGAUUCACGCUGAACGUCGACGUUACUCCGAACAAAACGGAACUGCAGGUGGGUGAUGCAGUUACUCGCACUAUUACUCGCACGGCCACCGGUGUUUCCGGCAUGGCCUUCGCCCCGCUGCCUGAACAUGAAAUAGCCGGCGUCGCCGCCUACCCAGAGGCGCCCUUGAUUGAUGACAGCAGUAAUCGUGGGGAACUGCGGGGCCAGCGCAUAGACACCGCCACAUUUGUGCUGCAGGCAGAGGGUGAAGUGGAUCUGCCUGCCAUUGAUCUGCAGUGGUGGGAUCCGCAGGCAGCACAGCUACAUGUGGAAACUAUCCCCGCGCUUAGCCUGACUGUGGCUGCUAACCCGGAACUGACGGCCACCCGAGACUUGGAACAGCAGACGCCAUCGGGAUUCUUGAAGUGGCUCUACCUGCUGGCGGCUGGGGCAUGCCGCAAAAACGAUGCGUUGCUGGCUUACAAUGCUUACUUACACUGGGCCUCUGCAGACCACGCGUUCAUCACCGGUGACAAUACAUGGCGUGGUAAGGCGUUAGCAGAUGCCACUCAGCAGGCGCGUCGAGCGCAACAAGUUAUCUGCCUGACCUUCGCUGCCAUGACCAGCAGCGCUAAUGAUCUGGUCUAUUUUGGCAACGGUAGCGUCCUGAUAGGCGAGCUCAAAUACCUGGAGCGCGGUCGCCUGUUUUUCAAGACAGAUGCAACCGGCACCAUACCUAUCGAAUGGGAGGACGUUGAACGUCUAAGCAGUGAUCAGCAAUUGCGGCUGGAACUGGUCGACGGCAACCGCUACUUUGGUUCAAUCGGUGCUACAGAUGCAGGCCGCCGCGCGCUGGUUGAUGCUCGUAGGGGCAAGCUCAGUGUCGAUCUCAACCAGGUCGUUGGAAUACAGCCUUUUGAAGAGGAAUUCUGGGAGCGAUUUUCAGGCAGCAUCAGCGCGGGAUACAACUUCACCAAAGCCAGCGACGUGGCUCAAUUCAAUUUUGGCGCCCGCGGCCAGUACCUGACAGAAAACUGGCGUUCCAAUGUGGACCUUAAUUCGAUCAUUACCGAAGACAGUGAAAAUGAAACCACCAAUCGCUCGUCACUCAAUCUCACUACCCGCAGGCUGCGCGGCAAACACUGGGCCACCGGGGUAUUCACCAGCUUCGAACGUAAUGAUGGUCAGGGCAUCGACCUGCGCAGUUCCAUUGGUGCGCAGCUGGAGCGUUACCUGAAAAACGAAAACUCACAACGCCUAUCGUUGAGCGGCGGCCUGCUUUACAGCCAUGAACGAAUAACAGGGUCAAGCGAUUCGAAUGACAGCGUGGAAGCUUUGUUCAAUGUCGCCUACGAAAUAUUUCGCUACGACUCACCAGAACUUGAUCUGACCGCGCAAUUCUCAGUGUUACCAAAUCUGACCGACUGGGGGCGCGUGCGCAGCGAGUUCAAUACCACACUGAAGUGGGAAUUCUAUGAAGAUCUGUUCUGGCAGUUAACCUUCUACAACAGUUAUGACAAUCGGCCGCCCACCGAAGAAGCCACCAACAAUGAUUACGGUAUCAUUACGGGAGUCGAGUUAGAUUUCUAA